AUGGAAGUCGUUGCGGCGACAGCCAGCGUCGCCGGCAUCCUCACUGUCGUCGGCAAUGGCAUAGAGAGCAUUAUCAAGCUCAAAGAAUUCUAUGCAGCGCUUGUAGCGGGCUCGAGAACGAUCGAGAAGUUCUUGAAAGAUAUCAAUGACUUACUGCAAACUUUGCAUGGUAUCAGGGAGUUACUUAACAAAUGGCCAAAGGAAAAGACAGACGUCAAUAUUGCGGCUUUAAGUGUGCAGGUAGAAGAAUGCUCGAAAGACCUCUUCAAUUGGCUCGACACCGCCAAAGCUAUGCGACCCGCCUCAAGUAAAGGUGGGAUGGCUUGGUUCAAGAAGUUCUGGAUCGCUACGAAUAAGAACAAGGUCAAUGACAUCAGGACCGAAAUCGGCCGGCAUAAACAGACGCUGAAUAUCAGCUUGACUUUAAUUGGAAGAGCUUUUGAUGUUCAUGUUGCUAAACAAAUGACCCAUGUGGAUGACAAAGUCAAGGAGCUUACUGUUUUCUCUACGUCUGCAUUUGACUAUCAACAACGGGAAGCCGAGAGGAUGGAAAGCUUUAGACAUGCAAGCAGUGCAAGCAACGCUGGGAGUAUGCAAAGUCUUCAGAGUAUGGCAAGUUCACUGUCCAGGAUAGAAGCUCGGCUUUCAAUUUCAGGCGCAACCUCACCUUGGGUAUCAAAGCCAUCUGCGACAAAACGCAAAGCUUCAUUCUCUUCUGAGGGCUCGCACAUUGGAAGUCCCGGUUUCUCGAUGGAUCUCUCUACAUCAUGGGGACGUGGACCGAGUCAGCGCGAUGGCUUUGCCGAUUUAGACGAACUAGCGGCGUCGACACGUUAUUUAAGACACGAGGAUUCUGAAAGAGGGCCGUCUCCUGAAAGGGGCCAGGAUGGCCUCUACCAUUGCCAGUUUGAGGUAGAGGGCUGUAAUCACCCGCCCGAAAAAUUAAGAUGCAAUUAUGAAAAACAUCUCAACACUCAUUUGAAGCCCUAUCGCUGCAAAUUUCUCGAAUGCUCUGAGUUGAAAUUUGGGGCCACUGCCGUUCUGUUGAGACACGAAAGAGAAUCACAUGGCUUGCACGGUCAUGGAAACAAGCCAUAUCUUUGCCUUUAUACGGAUUGUGAGCGUUCUCAACCAGGUCAAGGCUUCCCACGACAAUGGAAUUUGCGAGAUCAUUUGAGGAGGGUCCACAAUCACCACCCAAAGCAAGGGAAGCGAGAGAAGCACUCUUCUCCCUUAUCAUCCCCAGCACUCUCCCUUAAUGCAGACGACGACUUGAGGACGGAGAACUAUGUUAAUUCAGGCUCUUUGGCUAACCAGGCUGGGUCUUACGAUUUCCCUCUACCAAAGAACCCGAAUACAGACUUAUCAGAAGUAUCUCAGACAUACAAUAUAGAGAAUAUGAUGCCGGUGGUAGAUUUUUUUGAUCCUUCGCAAUCCUUCGGCGCUUUCUGCACAAACCCUGAUUUCUACCCAAAGGUAGCGCCGGCAGAGGGACCAAUGGACCCAAAUGAGGUGCUUGGGCCCUACGAUUAUCCAUCAUUUGUCCCAGAAGUUUUUCAGACGCCACAAAUUUCAUCUGGAGCCCACGGGCAAGGAGCAAUGAGUGGCGAUCAAGUUGCAAUGGAUGUUGAUGGAACGUCAGCACCUUUAAUAUCCACGGCCGAAGGUGCUCCACCAAAAAAGCAAUGGCCUGGGACGCAUCUCAGCACACCGUCCUUGUUAGUAAAAAGCCUUGAAGAGUCAAUUAACGACACCCUCGCGCAUAUGCAUGGAACUUUGGAGGAGGAAUACCCUGGUCUAGCUGCUGAUUACUACUAUGUCUCGCUCAGUCAGCUGACGCGCUUCGUUCGUUUCCAACUCGGCUCUCUUCGAGGCGUUGGCGUUAUGGCUCGAGAAUCAGCAAAACCCGACAACUUGUCCCAGCAGAUCAACGUCAAGUUGCAGGAAUUAGACAUCUUAGAAAGGGAGCGCGACCGAGUAAAGGAAUAUUGCAAUGCAGCGAACGUUCGAAGGGGUGAUCUCAUGUUGAUUGAUCGGACUGAUGCACCUAUGACGACCGAUUUUGGCAGCACGCACCCGAAAGAUGAGAGCCAGGAAAUAUCAGGCUUAUCGAAAGGAAAGGAAAGCAAAUCCCAUGAGAUGUUCGGACUUCAUGAAACCAUACUUGAAUCGAACCUCUUGGGACAUUGGACGGGCAAGAGAGACCGCAUCAACCGCUGGCUCUUGCAUUCGCUCCUUACAGACGAAGGGCAGGCACAAAAUCACAAGUCCGCCACUUCAAGCGAAGGCCUUGAUGAGGCGUCUUGGGUACGCCUGGUACUACAAUAUUGGUUCGUAGACGAAGCAGCGACGGGUGUAGAGAUCGCGUCCUCACUGUCUGGUGGUGCUGUUGCUAGCAAGACUGGAUCAAGCCUUGACUCGAUACCAAACUCCAAGCAUGGAAGAUUGGUCGAGGAGAAGAGUCGCAGGCCUCCACUCAAGAGAAGACUCGCAUCUGAAUCCAUCCCGUCAUUGGACGUAUGA